ACGCAGGAACGCGCUCCCCAGCUGUCAGUGGAGCCACUCUUUGCAGCCAUGGGGCUAAGCGACACAGACAAGUGCACGGCUGGAGGCUCCCCCACCGAGGCAUUUGAGAAGCUGAUUACUCUUGAUGGCAGCAGUGGGCUCACAGGGGACAAUGAUCCGGCUUCAAGUUUUCCAGUGUAUGCAUUUGAGAGCACACGGUUCAAGGGGUAUGUGGGGCUCAUGCUGGCAGUGCAGCGGCAGCCGGUGGACAUAGAUUGCAACCAACCGUUGCCCAAGGAGAUUGUUCUUCAGCUGGAUGGCACCCCUCCCACACCCUGCACUGCCUUCUUCUACACCCUCAAUCGAGACACCUGUGCAUCUAUCUGCAAGCAGCUGAACUUUUCCCAGGGCAGUCUCACCGCUCUCAACCCCGGCCUUGACUGCACGAUGCCCAUCAAGGCGGGCCACUCGGUAGGCAUGGAUACCCAUGAUGAAGAUGUUUCUAACGCGGAUGAGACUGCUGGACGACAGAGAGGAGCAGGAGAAGAAUAGCAAGCAACAUGCAGCCGCUGCAUUCUCGCCUGCAUCAGCUGCUAUGUGGCGGCGGCUACACAUAAUCAGGAGGAUCAUAUCUUUUGGAUUUGAUGUGAUCUUCACAGACAAUGACGUCAUGUGGCUGCAGGACAUAGAUUGCAACCAACCGUUGCCCAAGGAGAGUGUUCUUCAGCUGGAUGGCACCCCUCCCACACCCUGCACUGCCUUCUUCUACACCCUCAAUGUG